AGAACCGAACGAGCCGACUCGCCAAAAUGAACCUGACUCCUCGAGGUUUUUAUGAAUGGAAGAGGAGGAGCGUCAUUCGCGCGCACUUCUCUGAGUGGCCAGCAGAGGGCGCGUCAUCUUUCAUCUUUCACCGCUGCUGCUUUUCAGGAGCGUCUGAUCUUCAUUUGCCGUCUCACGUUAACGCGUCCGGUUGACGCGCAUCUCGUCGUUAAUUACCGUUUUAGUAUCUCUGUAUAAACUAAGCGCCUUUCGCGUAUUUCGACGCCGUGCCGUGAUGAAUUUCCCCCUCCGUCACAAACUCGGGCGAAGCGGAGCGCUGCUGGAACACCUUUAGCUUGUUUUGCGCGUGUAUGUGUGUAAACGUGUACGUGUGUCCAGCCGAACCCGGUCCGGAACAUGAAUGCGCCGCUGUGUCGCGUGCCGUGCUGAAGUGGCGGGCCGCACGAGCUGAAAACGGCGCGAGUCUUGCGCUUCUCCCGGUGUUAGCUUGAAUACUGCUAACGGGCCUUAAAAAUCCAUACUGGUCUGAUCUACACAGUCCGAUCUAAACAUCUGUCCGAGCUUUAAAAGGAUCUCUCAGAGGGGGAGACCAUGGCCGCCCGUUUGACCGCAGAAGAAGAGCAGGCCACCAAACAGUUUUUGGAGGAGAUCAAUAAAUGGACCUCCCAACAUGGUGUCUCGCCGCUAUCGUGGGAAGUGGCGGUGAAGUUUCUGAUGGCCCGCAAGUUUGAUGUCCUGCGAGCGAUCGAGCUUUUUCAUAGCUACAGGGAGACUCGUAUGAGGGAGGGAAUUGUCAAACUGCAGCCGCAUGAGGAACCUUUACGCUCCGAGCUGCUCAGUGGAAAGUUCACCGUUCUGGGUGUCCGUGACCCAACUGGAGCAUCCAUCGCCCUGUAUACAGCUAAACUGCAUCAUCCCAGCAAAACAGGAAACCAUGUGGUGUUGCAGGCCCUGUUUUAUUUGCUGGAUCGAGCCGUGGAGAGUUUUGAGACUCAGAGAAAUGGACUUGUUUUCAUUUAUGACAUGGCCGGAUCCAACUACACAAACUUUGAAUUGGACCUGAGCAAAAAGAUCCUUAAUCUGCUCAAGGGCGCAUUUCCGGCACGUUUGAAGAAAGUGCUCAUUGUCGGGGCUCCUGUGUGGUUCAGGGUGCCGUAUAAUCUACUGAGCCUCUUACUGAAGGAGAAACUCAGAGAACGGGUUCAGAUGGUGAAGAUGGCCGACCUGCGACAGCAUCUGCCCAGAGACUGUUUACCUGAACAUCUGGGCGGCUGCCUGCCUCUGGAUGUGCACAGCUGGAACCUGCAGCUGCUGUCUGAGCAGAACGGGCGCGUGGACCCCGUGGAUGAGCUGGUGGGAAUUCCUCUGGAGAACGCCUCCAUACACAUCCCCGGACCUGAAGGGAUGGGUCUGCCCGAGCUCAUGGCCCACCUGAACCGGGCCCAGCGCAGUGGGAUCUACAUGGAGUACGAGGAGAUCCGCAGAGAGCAGCCACCUGGAACCUUCUCAUGUGCAUUGGCUGCUCACAACCAGGAAAGGAAUCGAUACGGUGACGUCUUGUGUCUGGAUCAAACACGCGUGCGUCUCAAAGCGAGAAGAAAUGAGAGAUCAGACUACAUAAACGCCAGCUUUAUGGACGGAUACAAACAGAAAAGAUCAUAUAUUGGGACUCAGGGCCCGCUGGAGAAAACGUAUGGAGAUUUCUGGAGAAUGGUUUGGGAGCAAAGUGUGCUUGUUAUCGUCAUGACAACAAGGACGGAUGAGGGCGGUCGGAGGAAAUGUGGACAGUACUGGCCGCUUGAUGAGGGCGGUCAGGAGGUGUACGGAUACAUCGCCGUGGUCAAUCACAAAGUGGACAACCACGCGCAUUACAACCAAACCACACUGGAACUACACAACACAGAGACGUUCGAACAGAGACUGGUGACUCAUUUCCAGUUCCUCAGCUGGCCCGAUUACGGCGUCCCAUCUUCCGCCGUGUCUUUAAUUGACUUCCUGGGUGCCGUGAAGCGUCAGCAGCAAUGGGCGGUCCAGGCGCUCGGGUCACAGUGGAGGGGUCACCCACUCGGGCCGCCCAUGGUGGUGCACUGCAGUGCUGGGAUCGGGAGGACUGGUACAUUUUGUGCAUUGGACAUCUGUCUGUCCCAACUGCAGGACGUCGGGACCCUCAACAUUUGCCAGACGGUCCGACGGAUGAGAACGCAGCGUGCCUUUAGCAUCCAAACACCCGAGCAGUACUAUUUCUGCCACACCGCAAUCCUCGAGCAUGCCCAGAGACAGGGUCUGCUUUCUGCCAAUCAGUAAGCAGCGCGACCCACUCAUAGCCAAUCAGUGAAGCGGAGGGCAAAUUAAAAACGUAAAGAGCCUCAUCACAGCCAAGGAGUAAAAGAUAGGGCCAGCUGUCACCUAAUCUUAAGACAGGGCUUGUCCACCAGUGAUUUUAUUUGGGAUAAUUAUUCUCCAAUCAAAUCGCUGGGUCUUAGAUCUCUGCUACUAGCCAAUCAAAAGCCGGUUUUACUAGUCGGUUAUUUCUAUUAUCUAUUCUAUUAAAUGGUUGGCAGGCUAAAUAGUAACCUACUGUAUGAGGCGACGUCUGUGAGUGGUCCAGCUGUUAUGCGUGUCUGUAAUGUUGUUUCAAUUUCAGGUUAGUCUGUGAUUUUUGUCAGGUCGUGUGUUUUACAUGAAGCUUCAAAUGUGCUUCGAAUCUCAGACAAUGAUUGGAAGGUUUUCCUGAUAAAUUACUGUAAUGAUUAAAGAAAAACUUGACGUUUGCUUAAAAAAAUACAUUUUUGCACGGGACUCAUAGACUGCUAUUUUGUAAGCUAUGUUUCAUUCCUGUUAUGAUGCUUCAGA